UUGGUUUUUUUUUCUUCACCUGUCUAUGGAGAAAGAUGUGCUGGCUAACAAUGGUGCUCAUAAAUGCAUUCUUCCUGGCUCCAUUACUCUCUAAGUAUUCUUCUUUCCAUGAAGACUACUCUUUAUUAUUAUUUAUUUUGCCAAAACUUUGCUCUGAAUUUCAGGAAUAAAACUUAAGGAGGAUGGAGACUUCCUUCAGCUUUCUGAUGGGAGAAAGACCUUUUAUCUUGUUUGUGAUCUAGUUUCUGCUUUCCUUGCUGCUUGUCUGGAGUCCCUGUGACAACCAGAACCCUGUUACUGAAGAAGAUCCUACUGUUUCAUACCACUGGGUUAUUUAAGAAAUAAUUUUGGAAAUGUCUUUGCUGUGCCAGAGGAGGGCACCAGAUCUCAUUACAAAUGGUUGUGAGCCACCAUGUAGUUGCCAGAAAUUGAACGCAGGACCUCUGGAAGAGCAGUCGGACUCUUAAACAAUGAACCAUCUCCCAGCCCAGGUUCCAGGUUGUUUACAUUGCACUAUUUUCAUAAACCCUGCUAAAAGCUCCCCUAUUCCAGUUAUCUCUCCCUACCUUCUCCUCAUUUGUCUCUUCCUUACUCACCCAAUCCUUCCUGUUCCCUUCCCAACUUGCCAUCAGUGCACCCAAAAAAUCUAUUCUAUUUCCUCUUCCAAGGGAGAGCCACAAAUCUCUCCUAGGGCCAUUGUUUAUUAUUUAGCCUCUCUGCAUCUGUGGAUUGUACUGUGAUUACUGUGAUUACAGUGAUUGUACUUUACUGAACUACUUAUAUCUACUUAUAAGUGUGUACAUACCAUGUUUGUCAUACCAUGUUUGACUCACUCAGGAUAAUACAGAACUAAAGAAUCUUGACAACAUCAAACCAAAUAAUUCAUUUAUAAUGGGACAUACCUCUAAACAUAACUCUCAGUAGAUGAAUCUAAAGUUGCUGAAAAAGACUUGAAGAAAUGUUCGACAUUCUUAGCCAUCAGGGAAAUGCAUAUUAAAACUCCUUUGAGAUUUCAUUUUAUAUCUGCCAGAAUGAGAAGAUCAAUAAUACAAAUGAUAGCUAAUGCUGGCAAGGACGUGGAGCCAGGGGAGUCACUGCUUUGACAAGUGCAAACUUGUACAGCCACUGUGGAAAAUAAAUAUGCAAUACUCUGAAAAUGGGUAGUCAAUCUACAUGAAGACGCAGCUUGGGCAUAUACCCAAAUGAUGGUCCUGCACCCUACCACAAGGACAAUUGCUCAACUAGAUUCAUAGUGGCUUUAUUUAUAAUAGCCAGAAACUGUUAUGUCUGUGAGAGAUUUUGCUGAUUGAUGAUUGAAAUGAGAAGGCUCCUCCACCUAGGGUAGCAGGAAUGGCUAUUCCACCUAGGGUGACUGUAGCAAGAACAUACCCCAGUUAUGGGGAAGGAAUAAUCACUCUUGAUUCAGACAUGGUAUAACACUCAUUUAUUCACACAGUAAGAUUACAAGUAAUAUUUAUCCUGUCUUCCAAAUGGAAAUGGAGUACCUUUCCAGGUGUACAGGUCCGGACUUGCCACAUCUUUUCCUAUGGAUCUUGGGUCAGCCCUCCUCCGGUUAGCCAUGUCUGCACUGGGGACAGGAUCUCACGUCUCAUGCAAGGGUCUGACGAGAUCUGUUGAUCUUCUGAUCUGAUGAUCUGAGGCUUCAUUUUAUAUCCUUCCUGAAUGUAGUGACCUAUGAUGAUGUGCAUGUUGGCUUCACUUGGGAAGAGUGGACUUUGCUGGAUCCUUUCCAGAAGAAUCUCUACAAAGAUGUGAUGCUGGACACCUACUGGAAUCUCACUUCUAUAGGGUACAUUUGGAGAGAUAAUACUACUGAUGAACAUUUUCAAAGUUCCAGAAGACAUGGAAGGUAUGAAAGAAACCAAACUGCAGAGAAACCUGUAUUUUUUCAAUGUGGUAAAGCCUUUGCAUAUGAGAGUCAUCUUCACAGGCAUGAAAGAACACAUAGUGGGGAGAAAAUCUUUGAAUGUAAUCAGUGUGCUAAAACCUAUAUUCAUCAGAGUAGUCUUCAGAUGCAUAAAAAAACUCAUACUGGAGAAAAACCCUAUGAAUGUAAUCAAUGUGGUAAAGCCUUUGUUGAUCAUAGUAUUCUUCGAAGGCAUGAAAGAUUACAUACUGGAGAGAAACCCUAUGAAUGCAAUCAAUGUGGUAAAGCCUUUGUUCGUAACAGUGCUCUUCAAGUACACAAAAGAAGACAUACUGGAGAGAAACCCUAUGAAUGUAAGCACUGUGGCAAAGCCUUUGCACAAUGUGGUCAUCUUCACAGUCAUGAAAGAUCUCAUACUGGAGAGAAGCCCUAUGAAUGUAUUCAAUGUGGUAAAGCAUUUGUGCGUCAAAGUCAUCUUGAGAUGCAUAAAAGAACACAUACUGGAGAGAAACCCUAUGAAUGUAAGCACUGUGGCAAAGCCUUUGCACAAUGUGGUCAUCUUCACAGUCAUGAAAGAUCUCAUACUGGAGAGAAGCCCUAUGAAUGUAUUCAAUGUGGUAAAGCAUUUGUGCGUCAAAGUCAUCUUGAGAUGCAUAAAAGAACACAUACUGGAGAGAAACCCUAUGAAUGUAAGCAAUGUGGCAAAGCCUUUGCACAAUAUGGUCAUCUUCAAAGGCAUGAAAGAUCUCAUACUGGAGAGAAGCCCUAUGAAUGUAUUCAAUGUGGUAAAGCAUUUGUGCGUCAAAGUCAUCUUGAAAUUCAUAAAAGAACACAUACUGGAGAGAAACCCUAUGAAUGUAUUCAAUGUGGUAAAGCAUUUGGGCGUCAAAGUCAUCUUGAAAUUCAUAAAAGAACACAUACUGGAGAGAAACCCUAUGAAUGUAAACAAUGUGGCAAAGCCUUUGCACAAAAGAGCCAUCUUCAAACGCAUGAAAGAACACAUACUGGCGAAAGAAUCUAAUUAAUAUGGUAAAGCAUUUGUAUCACAGUCAUCUUCAAAUUCAUGAAACAACACAUACUAGAAAGAAACCCUAUGAAUGUAUUCAUUAUAAUAAACCUUUUGCCUAUCACAGUCAUCUUCAAGUGUAUAUAAAAACAUACUAGAGAGAAACCUUAUGAAUAUAAUUAGUGCUAUAAAUCCUUUGUAUGUAUCAGUAAUCUUUGAAAUCAUGAGAAAAAGUCAUAUUGCAGAGAAACCCUAAAAAUAUAGUCUGUGUGGUAAAGUUUUGCACUUUAUACAGGAGUAAAACUUUUGUGUGCAUCUGAUCUCUUAAAGCCUUUGCUUAUCACAAUAGAUGUUGAGUACCUGAAAAUGAUACUGAGGGCUAUUUAUUAUAAUGUAUUAGUAAGAUCUUUAACCAAUACACUCACAGUCAAUUACACAACAUUAUUUUGUAGAAAAAAAAAGUUGACAGUUUCAACAAACUGUUCAAGCACUAUGAUCUCCAUUUUUAUAUAGUUUGGCCCAGCUAUCUCAUGGGGGAAAAAUGAAUUUAUGAAGCACUAUGUGUAGAGUAAAAGGGCCAGCUAAAGAAACACACUUUGUCCCUGAAUCCAGGGCCUUUGAGAGAUACACUGUGGUCCUGAAACUAGAGGCAUAAUGUUAAGAGGGACCAAGUGAAGGAAUCGCUUUUUCCCUGAAAGCACAGCCAAUGAAACACACUCUAGCUUUGACAAACUGAGCACAAAACCAACCAAUCAAUGAGCACAAAAUGUAGCCUAACUCUGAGAUUGUUCAAGCACAGGGAUUUAAAUCCAACCAAUUCCCACCCCAGAAAUCUUCCUGGAAAAACUCAGCCCUAAGAAGCCCCAUAUAAGCCCUGUGCAUGUUCAGUUGGCUGCGGACCUUUUCCAUACUGGAAAAGGAAUCCAGACUCUCUCCUUGAUUCCUCCCUCCACAAUACAUGGCUUGAAUUACUUUUGAGUGAAGACAUCCUUUUGCCCAAGUGGAUCAGAAUAUCUCUAGUGACUUGGAGCAAAGACGCAAUGGACACUUCUUCUGGGAAACUCCCUUAGGGGAGUAGAACAGAGCAACAACUGACAUCUCUGGUGGGAAAACUCUCUUAGCAGAGUAGAGCAGAGCCCAUCUCUAAGAACUCUCAGAGAGAAGCAGAAUUUCUCCAUCUUGUGGGGAGAUCAUCUCUCAUGGGAACACAUCUCCAGGUAUAGCCUAACUUCCUGUCAGGAUACCUUUCUCCUCACCACUGUAAUUAUAUAGGAUACCUUCCAAUCACACCUGUAGGUGUAGUCUAAAUUCCUACAGACAGGGUACAUUCUUUCAUUAAACAAUAACAUAAUCCUUUUAGAUUUUAUACUUGUCUUAAAUUGUAUGAAAUAACUAAUUCAGGUGUAAAACUUCAUGGAUUAGUAUUAGUUCCUUUUCUGUUGUGAUAUAAUGUCUAGGUCAACUUAUAAACGUGUUUAAUUUUGCCCUUAAUCCCAGAGAGAUACAUGAUUACCAUGAAAGUGGCAUGGAAACAACUGUCAGAUGUGGAAGCAGAAGGCUAAUAACUCACAUCCUUAACUGGAAGCAUGAAGCAGAGUGUGGCACCUGUAAAUGAUGUGUGGAUAUAAAUUCUCUAAGCUGGUAGUUCCAGUAACAUAUUUCCUGCAACAGGGCAGCAUUUCCUAAAUCUUUCCAAAUGAAACCACCAAUUACAAGGAUUCGUUUCUGGAACUCAUGCCUACAUACUUGCUUUUGGUUACAUGAAGCAAUUCAUGGUGAAGAAAAACUGUAAUAAGCCAUUAGACCAGCUAAACACUGGCUACAGGAAUGAAUGCUUUCAAGAGAAAAAUUUUCAUGAAUGAAACAUUGUUUUACUAAAAUUUUGCUUUAAUUAUAAUUAUGUGAUGUCAGUGUUUGUCUUUUGGGGUGUGUGAAUGUGCAUGUUGUUCCUGAGAACAUUAAACACUUGGAUCUUCUUGUAGCAGGAAUUACAGGAGAUUGUCAAAAAUCAGACCUUGGUCAUGGGAAUGAACAUUUCUUAACUGCUCAGCUAUGCCUCUAGUGUUGUAUAUAUUUUAAAAAUUAUUUCAAUCAUUUUGAAGUCAGAAAAUGGGGACAAACUCAUACAAGAGAAGAACCCGAUUUGUGUAAAUAAUUUGGUAAAGUCUUUUGACACCACAGUUGUCUUCAGCUUCAAAAAAAAAUACAUUUCAUUUAUUUUUCAUUGUAGCCUUGGAGGAAGUAAAUUACUUAGCAUGUUCACUCAAGACAUAUGGUUGAGACCACUGCAUUGUGGUUUCUAUUUUGAAACAUUUGAGGUAGAUACUCAAGUGUGCUCUAUGUAUGGCAAAUCUAUUUAGUGAAGUUUAUUUUUUAAUCUUUACAUCCCUUCUGUGGCUUUGUUCAUCUACUAUCGUGCUUUUACUUAGUGACAGGUA